AUGCUGGAAGGAAAAGCUGUGGUGCGAGAAACAGAUAUGCCACAUGCCAUGCAGAGCCAUGCCAUGGAGUUGGCUUACAAGGCUCUUGAUCUCCAUGAAGUUUCUGACUGUAGAUCCAUUGCUCACCAUAUCAAACAGAAGUUUGAUGAAGCUUAUGGCUCUGCCUGGCACUGUGUGGUUGGCAAAAACUUUGGAUCUUGCAUCACACAUUUGUGUGGGACUUUCAUUUUCUUCCAUGUGGAGAUGAUGGAGUUUCUCAUAUUCAAGGAUGGCAAAGACUCUACUGAAAGCAGGGAAGAAGCUAUUGGUGUGCUGCAGACGGAAAGCCAAGAUAGUGAUGAUGCAUAA